AUUUUGAGGUUAAAAAACCUUUGUCUUGACUUGAAAUGUUUGGGCUUUGUUGUCUAAAUAGUGAAUUCAAAAUCGGCGAAUUUAAAAGCCGUAAUUCACUUUAAUGGCCGAUAUUAUCCAAGAAUGGUUUCAACUAGAGGUCUCAAACCAAAAUUUGUCGAAGGAGAAAGAGUAUUAUGCUAUGAACCGGACCCAACAAAAGCCAAAGUCUUAUAUGAUUCUAAAGUCUUAGACGUGGUAUUCAGAAAGGAUUCGAAAGGAAAAAAGAGCGUAGAGUAUUUGAUCCAUUUCCAGGGUUGGAAUUCAUCUUGGGAUAGAUGCGUUAGCGAAGAAUUUGUUUUGAAAGACACUCCCGAAAAUAGGCAGCUGCAAUGGGACCUUGCUGAGAAGUCACAAUUGCAACUUGGCGCCUAUUUAUAUAGAAAAGAUAGGAAAAAGCCCACAAAAAAAAAAGAAGAGAGUACUGCUCUCGGUACUGUUGCACAGUCUUCUGAGGAUGGUAGCUCAGGUAGCCCAGCUAGAAUGGAUACAGACGAAGGACAGGCAUCAAGUAGUUCAGAAGAUGAAUCAUCAACUGAUGGUGAAUACAUACCUAUAGAAAUUACAGAAAAUUUGAAAGAGUUUCUGAAGUAUGACUUUUGCAAGAUUGGUCAACAGAAAAUGUUGCAUAAAUUACCUAGCGAACCAAAUGUAGCAAACAUUUUGGAGAUGUAUUUUAAGCACUUUACAAACCAGCAAAUGAGUAAUAUCACUGAAAAAACUGGCACUAGAUAUAGAAACAAUCCUCCCCCAAGACCUACUCUUCAAGAUGUACAUAAAACUAUACUAGCAUGUAGAGAAUUUUUGGACGGUGUAAGAAUUUAUUUUGAUAAUUAUUUGAAUGACUUGCUGUUGUACAAAGAGGAAAAAGGGGACAACCUAUAUCCAACAUCGCAAGCAGUUUAUCCGUCAAUUGCCGCUAUGUGUCAAGCACAGCAAAAGAGUAAUAAGACCACACCGAAAAAGCCUGAAACCGACACAGAGAACGGAGUUCAAAAAAAGAAUACCGAACCAGAAAGCAGUGUUGGUACUUCCAGAAAGAAGUCGUUGAGGUCAUAUGCGAAUCAGGAGACUCAACAAACUUCAAAUGGUAGCAUGAGCACAGCAGAAGCUGGUGCUACUACCAACAAUGACAACAAACCUUGUUCAAGCAUUGCUAGUAGCAACUCAGCUGAAGCUUCUGCUGCUCCGGCUCCACCAGAUGCUAUCAUUUGGAAAGCCUUACCUGAUUUUGUGUAUAAUCAACGACCUCUACCACCGUGUCUGGUUUACGGAGCUACACAUCUGAGUAGACUGAUGGUGAAAAUACCAGAGAUCUUAGCCGCUUCGACCAUAACACAGGAAAGGCUGAAGGGAGUCGUUGAACAUUUGGAACUUUUUAUUGUAUACCUCAGUGAUCAUGGAGAAUGGUUUGGUGAUAAAUAUUACAAGGUUGCAUAGAAAAAAAGAAGACAGCUGAAAUAAAUUGUCUAUUUGUGUUGGAUAUUUGGUAACAAAUGAAUAUAUAAAUUAGUUAUUUCAUUACAUAUAAAAAUAAAAAAGAUCUAUAAUAAUAAUUGUCCUAACUAUUAAGUGAGUUGUAAGUCGAGAUUGAUAAGUAGCAUCGAUUAAUUUAUUUUAGCUGAUUAACUUAAUUGUAAUACUGAAUAUGAACUGAGAAAGAGAUUACCAUUAACUAUUUUUUUAUAUGUAACUUCGAUAAUGUAUAAGUGAAAUUUAGAAUUAGAUUAAUAAGAAUUGUGAAAAUAGUCUGAGCAAAACUCUAGUUCCUAAGACGUUCUUCUACACUUUUAAUGUGUUGAAUUAUUUGAUUGUGAAGACCUAAACAUUUUAAUAAAAUUUUCUUGGAAUCGUA